AAAUUCAUGUUUACACAAAUGCCCUUCUGUCAAUUUCCCAUCUUCCUUGCUACACAGCCAUGUUUCUUGCCCGAUUUAUUCGGGCGUGGGCUUUUUGGGCUUUGUCUUCUUCACAGAGACAACCCUUUUCAUCUUCUCCUUUUUCAUCCCAUUUUUCUCCACCAACCCUUCUUUUCUCUCUCAAAGACUCCAUCUUUAUCUUCUCUUUUUUCUUUUCUUACACAUACAUACAUUAAUACUAGGUUUUGGUUCUUGUAAUCUUGUAAAGGUGGGAUCUUUGAGGUUGUAGCUGCUGAUCUGAUGUCUAGGAAGAUGAAAGGUGUUGUUUUGGACUCAUCAUCUUAUGGGGUUCAUGGAUUUGCCAAGAAGCAUCAGACUCUCUUGCAAGAUUACCAGGACUUGACUAAGGAUGUGGAAGCUUCAAGAAACAAAUUGGAGAAUUUGAAACGGAGGAAAAUGACAUUGAUGGCAGAAGUCGGAUUUUUACGAAGAAGAUACAAAUACCUACUAAAAAAUAAGUCCCAGAAUCUUCCACAAGAACGAGAAAAAGAGUUUGAACAACCACACAAUAGCAAGAACAGUACAGGAUAUCCGAAUUUUAAAGGAAAGCAAGCUGCUGUACAGAAAUCAAACGUGGCUCCCAAACCAAACCAGAAGCGAAAGGUAUACGGUGGACAUGAUAAUUCCUUUCGAAGUGUCAAUUUAAAUCAUCUAAACCAUGAGAAACAACAUACUGAAAAACCUGCAACUCAUAUUAACACCAUCCAAACUUCAAAACCCCGAGGUAGAUUAUACACAACUAAGGAAGUCACCCAUCAAAACCCUUUGCCAGUCUUUGAUUUGAAUCAGCAAGAGCAAAUGUACUACAAGAAUGAUGUAGCUGUUGGGAAUCCCUCUCUGAUAUUUAAUUCUUACCAGAAAGAAUCUCCCUCUAGUAGUGUAAAACAGCCGCCAAUGCAAACUAGAGCUCCAGUUUUCGACUUGAACCAGAUUUCAGUAAAUAACUAGACUCGACAUUACAUUUCAAAGUCUGCAGGUGAAGUAUCUUUAAAGUUAUGAAGUACUUGCACUAGUUUGGAUGAAACUUGUCGGCGGGAAUAGAAGCAUUACAUGACUAGUGUAAAAAACUGGGGUUUAAGGCGUCAAUGAAAGCUCUGAACAAUGAAGACCAACUUGGUGAUAUGCAAAAAUGUUGGGGAUGGUUAUGCAAAGAGGAAGUUCUCAUGGCAAGAUCCAGUUGCUUCAAGUUCUCUCUCUCUCCAUAUAUAGAUUUAUAUAUUACAGCGCAGAGGAUAGGGGGUUUGCACAAAGCAAAGUGUUUCAUUUCCCUACAUUUAAUGUUAUGCUUGAACAUUUAGAAUAGUAGAAGCAAGUAUUAGCAGAUUACUAUGGUAUUUGAGUUGUUCAUGCAAGAUAUGUCAUAAUGUCAUCUAAUGUUGAUUCUUGCCUUUGCAAGAAAUUGUAGCCUGUACCAAUGAAAUUCUGGUAUCCCCCUCUUGAAUAUAUUGGGGGCACCUAUAAUUCUUGAGCAAGUAAAGAUUUAUGACUUAAGUAGUUUAAUGGGAUAAAUGUAGACUGAAAAUUGUAUGUUUAGGUGA